CUUUCAUGAAAACACAUAACAGCCAAUAGCCAUCUUUUUAUCUUUCUCGAAAAAUAAGAAAUUACUACUUUGUUUAAAUCUCAAAAGAAGCAGCGGUUCAUGUUUAUCAAAUGUCUGUCCCUUCCAGAGGACAUUUGAGAUCAAGUUUCUCUAUAAGUUAAACUGCAACUAAAAGUAAAACAAACGUACUCUUUAGCCAAGGUCAGUCAUCGCCUGGACAUCAGUCUACCUUGGCAAUGGUAAAUAUCAUUUCUUGAGCCUCUGCACAAGUACAAAAGGGAAAAAAGUCAUAAAUAAGAGAUUCAAGGAACUUAUAAGGAGAUGGAAAGAAAGAAUCUACUGUUGAAGGUGAACUAGAGCACCCUGUCAGUGUCCUGUGGUUCUGUGUUGCCAAAGAAAAUCAAGAAAGGGCCUGGAGGCUCUCAAGGCAUGACAGGACAUUCCAUCUUGUAUUUCAUCCUGCUGAGUGCUCUGAUUGACAAGGGCCACACCUGCUUCUGUGAUCGAUACUCAUGGACUCAGUGGUCCAGCUGCUCCAAAACCUGCAAUUCUGGAACCCAGAGCAGACACAGACAAAUAGUCGUAGAUCAGUACUACCAGGAUAACUUUUGUGACCAGAUUUGCACCAAGCAGGAGACCAGAGAAUGUAACUGGCAAACGUGUCCUAUCAACUGCCUCCUAGGAGACUAUGGACCAUGGUCAGACUGUGACCCUUGCCUUGCGAAACAGUCUAGGGUUAGAUCUGUCUUACGCCCCAGGCAGUUUGGAGGACAGCCAUGUACUGAGCCCCUGGUGACCUUUCAACCAUGCAUCCCAUCUAAGCUCUGCAAAAUUGAAGAGGUUGACUGCAAGAAUAAAUUCCGCUGUGACAGUGGCCGAUGCAUUGCCAGAAAGUUAGAAUGCAAUGGGGAAAAUGACUGUGGAGACAAUUCAGAUGAAAGGGGUUGUGGAAGGCCAAAGGCAGUGUGUCCGCGGCAGUAUAAUCCCAUCCCUAGUGUACAGCUGAUGGGCGCUGGGUUUCAUUUUCUGGCGAGAGAGCCCAGAGGAGAAGUCCUUGAUAACUCUUUCACUGGGGGAAUAUGCAAAACUGUCAAAAGCAGUAGAGCAAGUAAUCCAUACCGUGUUCCAGCGAAUCUGGAAAAUGUCAACUUUGAGGUGCAGACUGAAGAAGAUGAUUUGGAAACAGAUUUCUACAGGGAUUUAACUUCUUUUAAACAGAAUGAAGAUCAAGGAGCCUCAUCUUUGCGUGAAGAUGAGAACUCUUUUCAUGUACCAAUUCUUUUUUCCUCAAAGAAAAGUCAAAAAUCAGAUCAUAAUUCUGCUUUCAAAGAAGCCAUUCAAGCCUCCCACAAAAAGGAUUCUAAUUUUAUUAGGAUCCAUAAAGUGAUAAAAGUCUUAAACUUCACAAUGAAAUCUAAUGAUCUGCGGCUUUCUGAUGUUUUUUUGAAAGCACUGAACCAUCUGCCUCUAGAAUACAACUAUGCUUUGUAUAGUCGAAUAUUCGAUGACUUCGGGACUCACUACUUCACCUCUGGCUCUCUGGGGGGCACAUAUGACCUCCUCUAUCAGUUUAGCAGGGAGGAACUACAGAACUCAGGUUUAACAGAGGAAGAAAGCAAAACCUGUGUCCGGAUCGAAACAAAGAAACGUUUUCUUUUUUUUACGAAAACAAAAGUGAAACACCGGUGCACUACUAACAAGCUGUCAGAAAAACAUGAAGGUUCAUUUUUACAGGGAGCAGAGAAGGCCAUCUCCCUGGUUCAAGGUGGAAGGAGUGAAUAUGCAGCAGCUUUGGCAUGGGAGAAAGGGAGCUCUGGUCCAGAGGAGAAGGUAUUUUCUGAGUGGUUAGAAUCAGUGAAGGAAAAUCCUGCUGUGAUUGACUUUGAGCUUGCUCCCAUUGUGGAUUUGGUAAGAAACAUCCCCUGUGCAGUGACAAAGCGGAGCAACCUUAGGAAAGCUUUUCGGGAAUAUGCAGCCAAGUUUGACCCUUGCCAGUGUGCUCCGUGCCCUAAUAAUGGCCGUCCCGCACUCUCAGGGACCGAAUGUCUCUGUGUGUGCCAAAGUGGCACCUACGGAGAGAACUGUGAGAGAAGGUCUCCGGAUUAUAAAUCUGAUGCAGUAGAUGGAAACUGGGGGUGCUGGUCUUCCUGGAGCACCUGUGACACCACUUACAAGAGAUGGAGGACCCGAGAAUGCAAUAACCCUGCCCCCCAGCGAGGAGGGAAACCCUGUGCUGGGGAGAAGAGGCAAGAAGAGGAUUGUACAUUUUCCAUCAUGGAGAGCAAUGGACAACCGUGUGUCAGUGAUGAUGAAGAAGUGAAAGAGGUAGAUCUUCCUGAGAUAGAAGCAGAUUCAGGGUGUCUUCCACCAGUUCCUCCAGAAAAUGGGUUUCUCUGGAAUGAAAAGAAACUAUACACGGUUGGGGAAGAAGUUGAAAUUUCAUGCCUGACAGGGUUCAAAGCUGUUGGAUACCAGUACUUCAGAUGCUUACCGGACAGUACCUGGAGGCGAGGGGAUGUGGAAUGCCAACGGACAGAAUGCCUCGUGCCAGCUGUGCCAGAAGUCCUGACGCUCACACCAUUUCAGAGAUUAUAUAAAAUUGGUGAAUCUAUUCAGCUAACCUGUCCCAAAGGCUUUGCUGUUGCUGGGCCAUCCAGGUACACAUGCAGCGGGACUUCCUGGACACCGCCCAUUUCAAGCUCACUCACUUGUGAAAAAGAUAUUCUGACAAAAUUAAAGGGCCAUUGUGAGCCAGGACAAAAACAAUCAGGAUCUGAAUGCAUUUGUAUGUCUCCAGAGGAAGACUGUAGCUAUAACUCAGAAGAUCUCUGUGUGUUCGAUAUAGACACCAACCAUUACUUCACUUCAUCUGCUUGUAAGUUUCUGGCUGAGAAAUGUUUAAAUAAUCAGAAACUCCAUUUUCUACAUAUUGGUUCCUGCCAAGAAGGUCCACCAUUAGACUGGGGUCUUGAAAGGACAGAACUUUCAUCUAAUAGCACAAAGAAAGAAUCCUGUGGCUACGACACCUGCUAUGACUGGGAGAAGUGUUCAGGUAAGCUCCCGGGUGGCUGCAUGCUGGAACUGCUCUUGCAUUUAUUCAUCAUUUUUUUCUUAAAAAUAAACUUUUCCCAAAUCAAAAGUACUUCCUUUUCAUUGUAAAAAGUUGUACAAGAU